AUGGCAUGGGUUACUGCUGUUUUGGGGGGACCGGUGACUUACCUUGGAAGUGUCUGUGUGAUAUUGGUUGUGGCAGUGGAUCUCCGAGUCAUGGCUGGAGGUGUGAUGUAUGAUGAAGUUUGGAUGACACAGUUGAUCAAUCCGUUCCUUACCCGAAAGUGUUCUUGUGGUAGGCAGAACUUGCGUAUCAUAGACCUAGAUAUUAGAGGUAAAGGUGGGAGGGGAGACCCGACCAUGUUCAUGUCCCUUGCAAUCAUCUAUCAUGCUGGGCAUCGAUCAUAUAAUAUCAGUCCAAACUAA